AUGGUCGACAAGUACAGGAGACUCCUGCUGGUGGAGGCUGAGAGGGCCAGUCCGUCAUCUGAGAUCGUGAUGAUCGACCGAACCUUUAAUCAGGAGGAGCGCAGCGCCCUGACGCAGGACAAGCGCACUGUGCUGCUGGACCCAGACGGUUUCCUAGACGACUUCUGCUGCGGCGUCAGGUCCAGUCUGUUCUCACCCCCUCCCCCUCCUCCCCCCCUCUCUCCCCCAUCUGGACCCACGUCCUACUUCUCGGACUCGCCGGCGUCGCCCUGCUCCUCUGGCUCGGCGCUCAGGACUGACCCUGUGCAGCCUCCGUACUCUGACCCAGGAGGCGGGGGAGGGGGGGGAGGAGCGGGGGGAGAGCCGCACAGACCCCACAAAAAUGAGCUCAAACUCAAAUUCCACACGUCGGCGUUUGCAGCAGGACGCUACGUCUCCGCGACACACAGCGAUACGGACUCGGCGCUGGAGGCUGCCGUCAACAGCAUCUUAGAAUGUUAA